AAAAUGAUGGCAAUAGAUCCCUAAAACCCUGACCGUUCUUUCUUUCUUUCUAUUUGUUCUAAAACCCCUAACCCUAUUAGACUGACUCUGCUCUGUCUCAACUCUCAACCCCUUUGCUUCCAUGGCCACCACCAAACCCAACCGACCCCAAAACCCAAAUCCAGUCCCAAUCCCAUCUCUGGCUCCCACCAGGGUGAGCCCCAAGGUUAUCCAUAAAGCCGUGAAUGCUCUUCUCAAAUGGCAAAACACCAACUCCCAGUCCCUCACCCAAAAACCCCAACUCCUUCAUCACAGCGAUAAGUUUUUCUACCUCACUCUCACCCUCAAGAAAAUCCCAUCUCAACCUAAUAACACAAACCCACACAAAAUCCAACUCCCACAUACCCUUCUCUCCCCACACCUCCCACCUGAGCUCUGUCUCAUAAUUGAUGAUCGUCCACACUCCAAUCUCAACAAAGCCUCUGCCAAAUCCAAAAUCGAUUCUGAACAAAUACCCAUCUCGAAAGUCCUCAAAUUGUCCGAGCUGAAAUCAGAUUUUCGUUCCCUUGAGGCCAAGAGGAAGCUCUGUGAUUCCUAUGACAUGUUCUUUGCUGACAAAAGGGUUGUGACCCUUUUGUCUGGCUUGUUGGGGAAGCCAUUUUCUAAGAAGAAAAAGGUUCCGGUGCCAUUGGAUUUGAAGCACAACAAUUGGAAGGAGCAGGUUGAGAAGGCGUGUUCUUCCGCGUUGUUGUUUUUGGGGACUGGAACUUGUUGUGUGAUGAAGGUGGCAAGGGUGAGUAUGGAACAAAAAGAGAUUGUGGAGAAUGUGGUGGCAGCGAUUAAUGGGAUUUCGGAGGUUGUCCCAAGGAAGUGGGGUGGUAUAAGGUCAUUGCAUUUGAAGCUGCUUGAGUCGUUGGCAUUGCCACUGUAUCAGUCAGAGCCGGAGGAGAGGUUGAUGAUUGAGGGAGUUAAGGAGGAGGAGGUGAAGGAAAAGGGGAUGAAGGGUGAGAGAGUUGGGAUGCAGAAGGAUGGGAAUAUAGGUGAGAUGUUAGUUGAAGAUGAAUUGGGAAAUAAUGAAGGUGAGGAUAAUGAGAAUGGUCAAAUAUUGGGUAGUAAGAAGAGGAAAAAGGGAGAUAAGGGUGAAGGAGUGGUUUCUAGUGAAUCGAAAGGCUUGAAGAAGUUGGCUAUGGUGAAGAAUAAAGAUGAUCUUACGGAGAAUAUAGAUGGGUUGUUCACCGCACAGGGGAAGAAGCAAGAUGGUGGUAUAAAGAAAAGGAAGGUUGGGUUGGCUUUGGAAGAUGGGAAUUCUGGGGAAAAGAAGGAUAAGAGGAAGAAAAGUGGAGAAAUGGAGGUGAAGGCUAAGAAAGGCAAGAAAGCAGCGGAGUAAUUUGAUUUAGAAGACUAAAGAAGUUAGAGAUGGUCCUAUUAGGUCUCUUCAGCAAUUCGAAUGAGAUGUUUAAAAAAUCUGCUAGAACCACUCAUUGGCUUGAAUGAUAGCAGGUCCUAUUUUCACAUUUUGGUGCAUGUUGAGGAUAUCAUGUAAUGGAAUCAUUUGUAUCAUAUAUCUGAGUGCAGUUGGUUGUGGGAUGACUUUUGGUGGCUUUUUGGCCUUGUUUAGGCCAUAUUUUGGUGAAGAAUUUGCUCUGGUGGCUUUUUGUGACAUUCAGGUUAUGUUCUGGCGUAGAAUUUUCUGAAACUUCCUGCUUUUUGAUUUGUUGGAUACUCCAUUAGUUUGGUUCUCUUGACUAUGGUUGUCAGCUUGCCUCUAGUUUUGCAGAGAUUACUAGCUAGAGCAUGUUAAUUAGGAUGACAGAGUAAAGACUUGUCUAGCCUACGCAAUUUAAGAAAUAUUUGGUUUGCUGAGUGUGACCAUAUUAUAGUUUGUUUCGGUCUCCAAGAAUUGAUCACCAAAGCUUGU